CGAGAAUCCAUCAUCCACCACCACUGACCCCCUCUCCACUGACAUCCGUCGCCAUUACCACAACGUUUCUGCAAACACGCGCCGCGCUCCACGAGAUUAGCCCGGUCCCCUGACGCGUCCACAUCGCUUGUUGUGACUUCCCCAUCACCGCUUCCUCCUCCACUUACCGCGCCUAUCCGUCUCCUCGGCCCUCGAGCGCACGAAGAGAACAAAGCCCUUCAUCUUCCCCUCUUCUUCAUCGCGCGCCGUCCCUCGACGCUGGCUUGCGAGAUAUAUAUCUCUUCCGCAUCUCUCGCACUACACGUACCCAGCCAUUGCCGCGUGAUUUUCCGGCAAGUUUUACGCGCAUAGACGUCCACGAUGGCGCAGCAGAACAACGCCCAGCACCAGCCAAACUCGUUCACGACGGACGAGUAUGUGCUCGCAUACCACGGCCCGCUGCUGUACGAAGCCCGCAUCCUCCUCGCUGAGAACUGGAACGAGUCCAACACGCUUCUCGGAACGACGGGGCCGCACUACUUUAUCCACUACAAGGGAUGGAAGCAGACAUGGGACGAAUGGGUGCCAGAAGUGCGGCUGCUCAAGCUGAACGAGUCGGGGUUCGCGAAGCGCCGGGCGCUGCUCGAGGCGCAGACGAAGAAGAACCGCCCAGUGGCGGUCGGCGCGGUCGAGGCCAAGGGCAAGGACAAGGGGCCGAAGAAGGGCGAGGGGAGUCGGAAGCGCGGGCGGGAUACGGGGCUGGAGACUGAGACCGAGUUCCUUAAGAGACCCGAGGUCAAGAUUGUGAUUCCGGACCAGCUCAAGCUGCAGCUCGUCGACGACUGGGAGAACGUGACCAAGAACAACCAGCUCGUGACGCUCCCGCGCAAGCCACAUGUGCGCAAGCUGCUGGAGGAGUACCGCGAGUAUGUGAUGCAGUCGAAGAAGGAGCGCACAACACGCGCGACGGCGCUGUUGAGUGAGAUCAUCGCGGGCAUCACGCUGUACUUUGACAAGGCGCUGGGCAACAACCUGCUGUACCGCUUUGAGCGGGCACAAUAUGUGGAGCAGCGGCGCGCGGCGAAUGGCAAGCCCAUGUCUGAGAUUUACGGCGCCGAACACCUCCUGCGUCUCUUUGUCAACUUUGGGCCAUUUAUUGCGUACACGAACAUUGACCCCGAGUCGCUCAACAUUCUCCGCGAAUACAUCAACGACAUCAUGAAGUGGAUGAUCAAGGAGCAGAAGCGCCUGUUCGUCAAGGAGUACGAGACGACGACGACGCAGUACCAGAACCUCUCGAGGACAUAGUAUCGCAGCGGAGGGCGUGGUGUGUAGCGGUGGGCCAGGAGAGCGUGAGAGGCACAGAUAGACCUCGUAUGUUUUGAUAUAUGGCGCGCGUCAUUGCGGCGGGGGCGAUAUGGGCUGGCAGCUGGCGGCUGAUGUGG